UUAAGAUAUCCGAGCGCCUGUGAGGAGACGCUGUAGCCUGCAAGCGCUCCGCGGCAUUAACGAACACGCACCCAGCUAAGUGGACGUAGGCAAAUACCACCUUGACACAGAGGCCAGAUGGACCACUAACGAUGGAAUACCACUUGGUUGUGUUUACUGUCAUACUGCAGUUAACCUUCCAGUCAGGGAGCUCCAGCCUCACCAUCGCCCCCGACGGGCCGCGGCUGGUGGUGCCGCUGAACGGGCCCUUGCGGCUGCAGUGCCAGGGGGACGGGGGCCCCGUGCAGUGGGUGCGGGAGGACCGGCCCGGCCGCAGGGUGCGGGGCGAGGAGCGGAAGGGCCGCACCGCCACCGUGCACAUCUCCCGGGUGGGCAUCACCAACAUGGGGCCCUAUGCCUGCCAGGACCUGGCCACCGGAGAGAGCAAGGCCAUCUAUGUUUUUGUCAAAGCGUUGCUCUCGGCAGAUCCCGACAACGCGUUCCGCAGGUCGGCGCUGCCCAGCCUGAUUGGCGCGGUGGGGCGCGACGUGACGCUGCCCUGCAUGGCGACGGACCCCGACAUUGUGGAGCUGCGGCUGGAGACGUGCCAGGGCGAGCCCCUGCCCCUUGGCCUGCGCUAUCACGGCAGCCUGGAGCGUGGCGUCACCCUGGAGAGCGUGCGCGCAGACUUUGAAGGGUGCUACCGCUGCGCCGGGAGGCUGGACGGACAGGAGGUGCGAUCGGGAGAGUACCGCCUGGAAGUCAGGCCUGCUCCAGACUCGGUGCCAGUGGUGGAGGUGCCGGGGCCGGAGAGGCUCUUCCUGACCCAAAGCCAAAGCCUCACGCUCAGCUGCAGCACCAGCAACAUCAACAGCGACAUCAGCCUCCAGUGGACAUGGCCCGCCACCGCGCGCCCCGCAGAGCAGAAGACCUCGAACCUCGUAACAGAGCCAGUCAUCUCCCACCUGCGCAGCCGGACGCUGCACAUCUCCAGCGUGGUCACCAGCGACUCGGGCAAGUACGUCUGCGAGGCCAAGAACGAGAGGGGCACCAGCACCAAGACUGUACAGCUGGAGGUCUAUGGUAAAGGCUUCGUCACCGUGAAUGGGACGAGCAACAGGACGGUGCGGGUGCGGGUGGGGGAGAACCUGUCGCUGAGGGCCCAGAUCCAGGCCUUCCCCCGGCCUCACCACCUCACCUGGAGGUACAUGGGCCGGGAGCUGUGGAACACCUCCGAUCACGUCAUCAUCACCCAGGCCACAGGACACAGCUACAGGAGCGAGCUGAAGCUAGUCAGGCUCAAAGUGGCAGAGAGCGGAGUCUACGCCUUUGAGGCAUCCAAUGGGGAUGCUUCUGUCAACGAAACAUUCACCGUCCACGUCAUAAGCAAGCCGGAGAUCGUGUCUCACGAGGGCCCGGUGGACGGACAGGUGCGCUGCGUUGCCGAAGGUUACCCCGCUCCUCAGAUCACCUGGUACUACUGUGACCAGCCUCACACCAGGUGUUCCCAGCUGCUGAACGCCACGCAGGAAGAGGAGGACGUGGUGACGGUGACGCUGUCUAACCCGGCGUUCGGCAUCAGCGAGGUGGAGAGCCGCCUCAACAUCAGCAAGAGCCACUUCCCCACGCUGGAGUGUGUGGCCACCGUGGAGGGGGAGCAGGUCUACACACUCUUCUCCAUCAGUGAGCGUACUGUUCCCCAUGAGCUCUUCACUCCUCUGUUGAUAGGCCUGGUGUCCUCUGCAGCAGGCCUCUGCCUCAUCCUCAUUGUGCUCUUUUACAAAUACAUGCAGAAGCCCAAGUUCCAGAUUCAGUGGAAGGUUAUCGAGGGUAUCCACGGCAACAACUAUGUCUACAUCGACCCUACGCAACUGCCCUAUGAUCACCAGUGGGAGUUCCCUCGCGAGAAGCUCCGCUUUGGGAAGACUCUGGGCUCGGGAGCCUUUGGGAAGGUGGUGGAGGCCACAGCGUAUGGCAUGUCCAAAGCCGACUCUGUCAUGAAAGUGGCCGUGAAGAUGCUGAAACCCAGUGCCCAUGCCACGGAAAAGGAGGCCCUGAUGUCAGAGCUGAAGGUACUGAGUUACCUAGGUAACCACAUCAACAUCGUCAAUCUGCUUGGCGCCUGCACUGUUGGAGGUCCCACCCUCGUGAUCACAGAGUACUGUUGCUUUGGCGAUCUUCUGAACUUCCUGCGGAGAAAAAGAGACUCGUUUUUCUGGUCAAAGGAAGGAGAGGACAGCCAGUACAGAAACAUCCCUCUGCUCACCUCUGGGCCCAGCAAGAAUAACAACACCCCCUCUAGCCCUCCCCCAGGUGAAGCCAAUGGUGCCUACGUGGACAUGAGGCCCUCGACGUCGGGGCCCCUGUCACCCUCCCGGCCCACAGCAGACAGGAGAUCACAACGCAGAGGUGUAAGUGAGUCGAAUGAGCCGGUGCAGGAUGACCUGCUGCCCCUGGACACAGAGGACCUGCUCAGCUUCUCCUACCAGGUGGCCAAGGGCAUGGACUUCCUGGCCUCCAAAAAUUGUAUUCACAGAGACCUGGCAGCCAGGAACAUCCUCCUCACCGAAGGCAGGGUGGCCAAGAUCUGUGACUUUGGACUUGCCCGGGACAUCACGACGGACUGCAACUAUAUUGUCAAAGGCAAUGCCCGUCUCCCGGUCAAGUGGAUGUCACCGGAGAGCAUAUUCGACUGCGUGUACACGUUUGAGAGUGACGUCUGGUCCUACGGCAUCCUGCUGUGGGAGAUCUUCUCACUGGGCAAAAGCCCAUACCCUGGUGUUCCGGUGGAUGCCAAGUUUUACAAGAUGAUCAUGGAAGGCUACCGCAUGGAUGCUCCUGAGUUUGCACCCAGCGAAAUGUACAUGGUGAUGCGCUCGUGUUGGGAUGGAGACCCCUACAGAAGGCCCUCCUUCAGGAAGCUGGUGGAGAAGGUGGAGCUACAGCUCUCUGACGCCACCAAACAUAUUUACCUGAACUUCAACUCCCGGAUGCCGGCCACCAGGGUUCCCCCUCACAACCGCUUCGACCGCCUGAGGCAGAGCCCGAGCAUCGCCACCGCCAUCGCCACCGCCACCGCCACCAGCCCCUCCAGCCGCAACCCCUCCCACAACAACAACAACAGCCCCGCCCGACGCCCCACGCCCUCCCACAGCAACUGCCCCUCCCGUCGGAGCUCCGCCCACAGUAACACCUCCUCCUCCCGUCGUGGCUCGGCACAAAGCAACACCCCUCAACACACUGGCCACUCCCACACAAGCAAUGGCUCCUCCCAGCCCUUGCUCCCCCGGACUCGGUCGCCCCCAAUCGCAAUGCAGGAGGCUGUAGGGAUGAGACCGCUGCAGGUGUGAAGCACCACCAAGCACCACUUUUUAUGUUACGUUUCAUCUGUUGGCCCACUAGGCCUCCUUUGCAUCAUGCAGUGCCUAAAAGCAGAGCAGCAGGAGCCUAGCGCAGUAGCCCACCACCCCGGCGCUAAGGUUCAUGCUUCAUGCCAAGGUGCCGCAUCUCCCUGCUCCCUUACUGCCUCUCCAGUGGCUCCAUGCACUGUUGCUUCAACCCUGAUGAUGGGUGAAGGUUGGGGGCUGCGGAUGGUGGAGUUGUGGGGCUUAAAUGCGUUGGUGGGCCUAAGAAGAAAUGGGGAGUGCAGACCUUUAGGUGUGUUGAAGGAAAGCCGACCAGGGUUGCUCUACUGGCGCGCACAUUCCUGGAUGGAGAACUAUUGUUUUCCAUGCACUGGCAGAGAGAGAUGUUCAUUCCAUGACCUGAGUGAAUCAUGGGAAUUGAAUCUCUGAAUCAUCAUCUCUGCUUUCUGUUGGCAGUUACUGUUGAGGAAACUGGGAAGACUGUUGGUUCUAACACUAACCCUUGGUCUGUAUCCACACAUACAGAAGCGUACACAUCGAUGGCACAUGAGAAAGAGAGAGAGAGAGAGAGAGAGAGAGAGAGAGAGAGAGAGAGAGAGAGAGAGAGAGAGAGAGAGAGAGAGAGAGAGAGAGAGAGAGAGAGAGAGAGAGAGAGAGUUUGGGACAAUCAUCUAGAGUCCAUCAUUCGUUCAUAUGGAGCUCAUUUGAGGACACUCUUCAUGUUUUUACCAACAAAAAUCCCUCUGAGCCCCCAAUUUUUUUCUUCUUUGAUCCACCAGUAACAACCCUUUCUGACUAUAGACCCAUUUGGCAGACCAGAUGCUGAGCUGACAGAGCUCCUUGCCUUGAGUGUAAAAGACUACUCCUAGUGCUGUUCUGUGCUCUCUGCGCAUCUCAUGGAAUUUAGUUUUUCUUCCCUAAGAAAACAGAUCAGGGAAUCCCAAAUUCAAUGGCUGGUGAACUUUUUUUUUACUGCCAAAAAAAAAAACAUACAGUGAAGCGUUGUAUUGUUUGUAUUGCACUCUUUUUGCAAAUCGCAACAGGUGACUGACUGUUGCUAAUUUUCCUUGCAAAUUUGCUCUUAUCCUAAUCUUUUGCUAACGUGAAGUUAAUUAUCAAUUCCCACUGGAAAGGCCCGAUGAGGAACUUAGUCUGACUGGAUGCACUGUUAUUCAUUCCUCUCUCUCCAUUUCUCUAACCGACGCACGGAAGACUAAACAGACGGACAGAUGGACAGACAGGCUCUUUCCAGCGCUACUUUUCAAGGACAUUUGCCAGCUGUAAGAUUCCGAAGUUUGCUCGUUAGCAUUCCUGAGUCAAAUGAAAAAAGAAGACCGUUUUUUUUUUCUCUCUGUGGGCCGCUUCCUUCCAGUGUGGUCAACUCCAUAUGUAGCAUCUCCAUACGCAUACUGUAUGUGCUGUAUUGCUUUCUGUUCUAGUGUUAUACCGUGCUAGACUUACACAUGUCUGUUUCGAUAUACAUGUAUAUUGUAUAUAUACACAUCUCAAGUUACAAUUACAUUUCCAACAACAGUAUUUUAGUUCAGUUCAAGAGUGGCAGACUACUAAUGUGGUUGUGUUGGGGUGAUAUCAGCACUU